AUGCCAUAUGGCGUUCCCCUCCAACGUCUUGAUAUCCCACACAAAACAACUCAUGCACUUCUUUUCCAUGCAGUCUUUGACUAUAAGCAAGGCCAGGCUGAAAGCGGAAGCAUCGAAAGCUCUACGAUGACCGAUGUCUUGUUGUCACGCUCGAGAACCGCUUUUGACAUCUCCCUUGAGAUGAGAGAUGACCCUAAUCGAAACCCCUUGAUCACCUUCAAACUACAAGUCCAACUAAUGAUCACUAGUUACAUUACCAUUGGUCGACUUUCUCCCGCAAUCCAGCACUCCGUGGACCGUGUAGAGGAAGGCAAGCUGGUGGCGAUGUAA